UCACGACGCUCGCAGUACUCAAGGCGUUUAUGUAGGACCUACCGCGACUAUGUGAACGACACUGGUCAGGAUGUCGCCGUUCAAGCCGGACCAAACGGCCCUGAAAAUAACCACGACAUGGACUACUCCUUCAGUCCUGACCUUGGGUCGACCUGGCUCAACAAUUGGAACCAGACCAUUGCGAACAUGGCUGCACAGGAACCCAUUGUUCCCGCGUCGGCCGGCAUAACUAUCUUCGGUGUUCCUAAAUAUGGGGGUAUAUUGAAUCAGGAAGCUCAGACCAUUGACGGCGAGGGGCGUGUUCAUGUUCUGAAUCGAGAGAACACUACUGGUACUGAAAGAUGGCAAGUCUCAUUUCACCUUACACGUAAUCCCUUCUGA